AUGGCGAAGGCAAAAAAAAGGAAAGAUGAGUAUCUUCGCCGACGCGAAAACGGCUUUAACCUGUCUGGCGUACAUCAGGAUCGCCUUCCAUAUUACAACGCGCUGUUGGACCGGAAUUUGCGCCACCACUUUGAAAGUCGUCCACUUCAAAGCCAUUUGAAUGAGCUUGGUCUCAUUGAUCAAUGCGGUCGAAUUGUUGAUCUAGACAAGCAGAAGUCAAAGUUGUUUAUUAUCGACCAAGAGUUCAAAUUAGCCGAGGAAGCAGAGAGAAAGAAGCAGCGCGAGGAGGAAGAGCUACGUCGUCGUGUGCAAUUGAGGCGUCACGACGCACUUUGCGACGCUCAUCAGAGAGAAAAAAUGAUGCAGCUUAAAGAAGAAAAGAAGAUUGCACGUGAGAUUGUUCAAGUUACUAAAGGCUAUAGCUUUGCUGGUAAACUACCGAGGAGCAGGUAA